GCGGCUGAGGCGGUCGGAGCCGGGCCGGAGCAGCGGGAUGGUCAUGGCGUACUUCGUGGAGAGUUUCUGGGGGGAGAAGAACAAUGGUUUUGAUGUCCUUUAUCAUAAUAUGAAGCAUGGGCAUGUGUCUACAAAAGAACUAUCAGAUUUUAUAAGAGAAAGGGCUACAAUAGAGGAGGCAUAUUCAAGGUCAAUGACAAAGCUAGCCAAAUCAGCAAGCAACUAUUCACAGCUUGGGUCAUUUGCCCCAGUCUGGGAUGUUUUCAAGUCAUCAAGUGAAAAAUUAGCAAGCUGUCAUUUAGAACUUGUUCGGAAGUUGCAAGAACUAAUAAAAGAAGUACAGAAGUAUGGAGAUGAACAGAUAAAAGCACAUAAAAAGACAAAAGAAGAAGUUUCAGGAACUUUGGAAGCAAUGCAGAACAUUCAAAGUAUAACCCAGGCCCUCCAGAAAGCAAAGGAAAACUACAAUUCAAAAUGUGUGGAGCAAGAGCGUUUAAAAAAAGAAGGGGCAACACAGAGAGAAAUAGACAAGGCCACAGUAAAAUCCAAGAAGGCUACUGAUACAUACAAGCUGUAUGUAGAAAAAUAUGCUUCCGCAAAAUCCGAUUUUGAACAAAAAAUGACUGAAACUGCACAGAAGUUCCAAGGUAUUGAAGAAAUGCAUCUCUCCCACAUGAAAGAGAUUAUAGAGUCUUUUUCAAAUACAGUAAAAGAAGUUCACUUACAGAUUGGCGAGGUUCAUGAAGAAUUUAUAAAUAACAUGGCAAACACAUCUGUUGAAAGUUUGAUACAAAAAUUUGCUGAGUCAAAAGGCACAGGCAAAGAGCGACCUGGACUUAUUGGAUUUGAAGAAUGUAAUACAGCCAGUGCAGUUGAAGGGAUAAAGCCAAGAAGAAGAAAGCAUUUUGGUUUACCAGGGAUUAUAAAGAAGGAAAAAGACACAGAAUCUGUAGAAUGUCCAGAUGCAGAUUCAGUUAACAUUCCGGAUGUAGAUGAAGAAGGAUAUAGCAUUAAACCAGAAACUAGUCAGAAUACCAAAGAGAACCACUUCUAUUCAUCAAGUGAUUCUGACUCUGAAGAUGAUGAACCAAGGAAGUUCCAUGUGGAAAUUAAACCUGUACAGCCAACCAAUAGUUCUCAUUAUACUGUGCCUUCAUUGGAUGAAUUAAAAGAAUCAAUAGGAAACAUCACCCUUUCACCAGCAAUAUCUAGACACAGUCCUGCACAAAUGAACCGAAACUCAUCUAGUGAAGAAUUAACAAAAUUGAAACUUUCUGUUUCAUCUAAUGAAAAGGGGGCCAGUGACCUCUGGACAUGGGACCCACUCCUUAGAAAUUCUGGUGACUCAUCAUCCUUGACCUCAACAAUAUCUUCAUCCUCAUCAGCAAGGCCAACAACCCCUCUUUCCCUGGGUGCCUUAGUGCCUCCUCCAAGACCAGCUUCCAGACCAAAGUUGCCCACAGCGAAACUCAGUGGAAUUAAUGAAAUCCCAAGGCCCUUCAGUCCUCCUCUGACCUCCAACUCCAGCCCACCUCCUCCAGCUCCACUGGCACGUGCAGAGAGUUCCUCCUCAGUAUCCUCUUCUGCAUCAUUAAGUGCAGCAAAUACACCCACAGUUGGUGUUUCACGAGGUCCUAGCCCCGUCAGCCUUGGAAACCAAGACACCUUACCUGUUGCAGUAGCUCUUACUGAGUCUGUUAAUGCCUACUUUAAAGGAGCAGAUCCUACAAAAUGUAUUGUGAAGAUCACUGGUGAUAUGACAGUGUCAUUCCCAAGUGGGAUUAUUAAAGUCUUCACCAGCAAUCCAUCUCCAGCUGUGCUCUGCUUCAGGGUAAAAAACACAAGCAAACUAGAGCAGAUUCUUCCAAAUGCACAACUUGUAUACAGUGAUACAUCACAAAGUGAUUCCAAUACAAGGGAUUUUUGGAUGAACAUGCAAGCUGUCACAGUCUACCUCAAGAAAUUAUCAGAACAGAAUCCCUCUGCCUCCUAUUACAAUGUAGAUGUUCUAAAGUAUCAGGUAUCUUCAAAUGGCAUCCAGUCUACACCUUUAAAUCUUGCCACAUAUUGGAAGUGCAACGCCAGCACCACUGAUGUAAGAGUCGAUUACAAAUAUAACCCAGCAUCUAUGGCCGUGCCAAGUAUGCUGUCUAAUAUACAGGUCAUGGUGCCAGUUGAUGGAGGUGUAACAAACAUGCAGUCACUUCCACCAGCAAAGUGGAACGCAGAACAGAUGAAAGCUUUUUGGAAAUUAUCUACAGUUUCAGAAAAAUCAGAAAAUGGAGGCUCUGGCUCCCUCAGGGCCAAAUUUGACCUUUCAGAAGGUCCCAGUAAGCCCACAACACUUGCAGUGCAGUUCAUCAGUGAAGGAAGCACUCUUUCAGGAGUAGACAUUGAACUAGUAGGCACUGGCUAUCGACUUUCCUUAGUAAAGAGGAGAUUUGCCACUGGGCGAUAUAUGGCAGAUUGCUGAUCAAGCCUGUGGAAGGG